AUGUCGGAGCUCAAGUCCCUGCCGUUCUGGAGGGCCGUCCUGGCCGAGCUGCUGGGCACCACCGUCCUGGUCUCCAUCGGCAUCUCGGCCGCCAUCGGCGACCACAACAACUCGUACCCGGACCAGGAGAUCAAGGUGGCGUUCGCCUUCGGCCUGGCCGUGGCCACCUUGGCCCAGUGUCUGGGGCAGGUCAGCGGCGCGCACUUCAACCCCGCCGUCACGGUGGGGCUGCUGACCAGCGGGCAGGUGGGGCUGCUGCGAGCCCUCUUCUACAUGGUGGCGCAGGUGGUGGGCGCUGUGGCCGGCAGCGCCAUCGUCUACGGCAUCCGGCCGGGAUCCACGCUGUCGCUGGGGGUCAACAAGCUCAACGGAAUCAGCGCCAGCCAGGGGGUGGGGGUGGAGUUCGUGCUCACGCUCCAGCUGGUGCUGUGCGUGCUCGCCGUGACGGACCGCAGGCGGGACGUGGGCGGCUUCGCGCCGCUGUCCAUCGGGCUGUCGGUGGUGCUGGGACACCUGGCCGGGAUCAGCUACACCGGAUGUGGGAUCAACCCGGCGCGCUCGCUAGGCCCCGCCCUCAUCCAGGAGUCCUUCCAGGAUCACUGGGUGUACUGGGUGGGACCCAUGAGCGCCGGCGUGGUCGCCGCCCUGCUCUACAUCGUCCUCUGCGGUGAGGACCGACCGGCCGGCGAGAAGCCCAGCGUGGCGUGCUGCACCGCCGCCACGGGGGAGGACGACGACGCCUGCAAGAGCCUGGUGGACGAGCCAGACGGAUGA